AUGGCGCGUCCUCUGCUUGCACUUUCUUUGUUCACGCAUGGAAGAUCAGCGUUGGAAUACCCUCCGAAUCUUCUCUCCGGUGUUGAUCUUUCGCAAAAACGCUUCUUCUUCCUGGCCUCGGUGAAUAAAGAGUAUGAUGCGGACAAUUACAUCCGUUUGGUCAAGUGCUUGAUUCUUCUAUACUUCCACAAUGGCACAGGCACCCACCCACUCUGCCAUGCAUCGCAUGAAUCUUCACAAAUACCGGAUAUUCUGGUUGACGCCUCCACAACACCUGAAUACAGUGACUUUUUUUACUAUCAGGACUUAUUAAGGAAUCUUUUCCUAUAUCCUGCUGACUUUCGCGCCAUCUCUAUGACCCGCACUGGCACUAUUGUGUACCCGGAAGAAAAUUUGAACAUAGCCUAUACCGUAAUUGAUCAGGACAAUUUGUAUAAGGGCUGGGUGUCAGUGAUGACCUUCAAACCUGAUGGAAGUAUAGGCGAAUAUGCUAAUCUGAUGCCUUGGAACUAUUCGACGAUCAUAAAUUAUCAUUAUGGUUUGGGAUGGCCUUUCCAUGAACUAUUUGAUUAUGAAAAUGGAAGAACUUUUGCUGCUCCUUGGUUCAAUGAAGAAAUCAAUAUGGAUGAGCCCCUUCUUUCGAUCGUUGACGUCCUGAUACAACGAAACAGCCUCAUCCAUCUGCAGUUAGAAGACUGGAAGGACGAGAUUGAGAUCUUUGCGCCAGGGUUUUUGGCGCUGGAAUCCCGGGGACGAGCGUCUGACUUUGAUUUGAAAGAUUUGUGGAAUGAAGCUGGGUUGAGUUACAUUUAUUAUACACGAGAACAGAAGAGAGUCAUGCGGGAAACUGGGAAGUUAAUUUAG